AUGCGGGUGGUGUCCCGAACCGUGUCAGUUAGACACGCGACUCGGUGGAUUCAGAGAAAACUCGGGCCGGUGGUGCGAAGGAAGGAACUCAGCAGCCCUCAGCAGGCAGGCCCCUGCGCCCAGUCCUGCGGGCCGAGCCGGCUGCCACCGGGCCUGGCCUUGGCUGCGGGUCUCCGGGGCCCACCCGGAGCUGGGAGAGUGCGGCGGUGGCUCCGGCCACCAGGCCGACUGGCGUCCCUGGACCGGCUGUUUCUCACGCACUCGGAGGGCUCCCUCCGCACCCAAGACCCCACGGGACCCUCCGUGACGCGCUUCGUGUCGGGACGUGGAGCCCGGGCCCUCCGUGUGCUCGAGCUCAGCGUGCCAACACAGCCGCUCCAACGCCGCGGGGGGAAGGCAGAGCGGGCACGGGGCCAGCGGACGGCAGCCAGAUCGCUGCACCUGCGGGAGUCGGCCACCGUCACCUGCCUGGUGAAGGGCUACUCCCCCCCGGACGUCUUUGUGCAGUGGAUGCAGAAGGGGCAGCCCGUGUCCUCGGACAAGUACGUGACCAGCGCCUCGAUGCCCGAGCCCCACAGCCCGGGCCUCUACUUCGCCCACAGCUUCCUGACCGUGCCCGAGGAGGACUGGAGCGCGGGGGAGGCCUUCACCUGCGUCGUGGCCCACGAGGCCCUGCCCAACAGGGUCACCGAGAGGACCGUGGACAAGUCCACCGGUAAACCCACCCUGUACAACGUGUCCUUGGUCCUGUCCGACACGGCCAGCACCUGCUACUGACCUCGCUGCCCUGCCCGGCAGCCAGGCUCGGGGCGGCCAGUCGCUCUGUGUGUGCAAAGUAACCGUGCCAACGGGGCGAAAGUGCGUCCCGUGAACGUUAGAAAUAAAAAGAUCCCUUCGAAAGA